AUGUGUUUUAAGUUAGUUUUGGUCAGUCGAAUUAACUACAGUUACUUGUAUGGACAAUUAUGCCGCCGCCCAUGUGGUAAUGUGGUUCCAGCAGUAGGUAGCAAAAUCUACGACAAGACUGAUCAGUAUAACUUGUAUUGUUCUAGCGUUGAAACGACGGACGAUGACAAGAAGAGAAAGAGAAAGAGAAUCUCAAAUUCCAAGUACAGACCCCAGGCCUCUUCUGAUGAAGAGGAGUCUAGUCUUCCAGAUGCACCAGCAGUGCUGUCGUUUGGACAACCUCUUUUGAGCUUUGAAAACAUUGUUCCUGGUAACAAGGUUUCAGUGCUGCCCGAUGCUCCAGAAGUUGCAUCGAUUCCAGAAAACCAGGAAAAUGUUGUGCCAUCUGUAGACUUCAGAGGUGAACCAGGUUUCUCCCCAGAAAUUCAGACUCCACUUCACAGAGCCAAGAGUUUGAGUACAAGACACUUGACUGGUUACUCGCCGCAGCAGUUUCUGGAUGAAAGGUGUCGAGCUCGUCAAGUACUAAGCUUUACACCCCCAGCAGCAAAUUUACCCUGGCAGCAUAUGGGUGAAAACGCUGGAGGAGAAAGUCAUCGCUCUGUAAUUGGCCCUUGGACUCCCCUGGCAUCUCGUGUACAGCAUGAAGUUUUCAGCUAUGAAGAUUUCCAGAGACUCCAGAAUGAAAAACAAGCCGUGAUGGAGGAGAACCAAGCUCUGAGGGAGGAGAACCAAGCUCUGAGGGAGGAGAACCAAGCUCUGAGGGAAAGCACUGCACGAGCAGCUUCGGAUGACAGCGGCUCACUUCAAGAGCAGGUGAAGCAAGUUGGGACAAUGUUGAAGACGUUUGCUCGCACUGGGCAAUCAGGUGCAGAUCAGACCUUAAUGCUGCGACGUCUUGGAGAGUUUGGCGAUGUUGUGCGUAGCAUGGACAACAAAAUGGACACUAUGCUGCAACAUUUCAGUGCCAAUGUGUCUGUUGGAGAGUUAUCCCUGCCAGGGGAUCUGUUACUCCCCCUAGACACCCAGGAAGAUUUGGCGUUGCUUGACAACAGUUUGAGGCAGGAUAAAGAGCUCCAGGAACGAUUUCUUCGGUUUUUGGCAAUCAAAUGUGGGAGGGACCUAAAGACAACCGUCUGGCGGAUGCUUCAAAGUAUCUUCUCUAAUCACCUUUCCAUCAAUACAACCUGGACUGGAGUUGGGGAUAAAGCAUGUUUUAGAGACAUGUUCCUGAAGACCAUUGUUCAAAGAGCCAUCCGGAAGAACCCGGCAACACAGGAUGCCACUGAUGAAGCCAUCCAGGUUAACGUUACGCGUUACCUGAAAGGAGCAUCUGACCGUGAAGGCGGAAAAAGGCGCCGCACAGCUGAGAGGGACCCACAGCCGACCCCUUAAACCUAGGCUGACUACUGACAUCCCAGCAUCACUGACAACUGGAACCCUUUCUUUAUCCUGCAGUCAGUAACAUCAAGACCCCUAAAGAAGCCAGAAGUGUCAGACUGCACUCCCCAAUCCACACUGUUCACUGUGGAUAUUAUCAUAGUGCUUAACUUAUUAUAUUGUUAAAUAUAGCUUGUAAAUCCUUGUGCCACAGGUCAGCAUUGCAGUUAUAUCUGUUCUACUACUUUUUUUACCUCAGUAUUUUUUAUAUAUAUUUGAAGAUGUUUAUCACAGAUACAAGAGACAUCUUGUACCCCAGGUCAGCAAUGCCAUUAUAAUGGUCUAUUCUACUCCAGAGCUUUAUUCUAAAUUAUUACCACUUAUCUUAUUGUUAGAAAUGGCUUGUAAAUGUGAUGUUAUACCUGAAUUUUUUUUGGUGUCCUGCACAUUCUUUGGUACCAGAUAUACUCAUUACUUAUGUUUACUGGUAAUUCUUUUCAUGCCAGAGCUGACCUCUUUAUAUUAUUAACAAUUAUUGUAAGUGUUAUAAUUUGCUUGUAAGCUAAGGCUGUUUUUUUUUUUUUUAACAAUUUAAUUGGAAACCUGCGUGUGUGUGUGUGUGUGUAUUUAUUUUUUUUUUUCUCUCUUUUUUUCUGUUAUUUAUAUUUCAGGGAUCUGACAUCAUGUUUCAAUGACAGUUACUGUACUUUGAAAUGUGGAAUUAAAACGUCAAAUGGAAA